UUACUUUAUUGACAGUUGCGAGAUCAUGAUCAUGCAUGUGUCUUGCAGCGAAAAGAGCGAAUUCGGGACGCUGAAAUUGCGAUUUUCCGUAUAAAAAAAUAUAUGCAUGUGAUUUUUUCUAAUAUGGCAAGGACGAAUAAUUUUCAGGAAGAAAUUUAUUAGAAGCGCAAUACGCCUUGUACGUGGACGAGACCACUCUUCCCUCGUCUCGCGCAUGACCGUGGCUAGCCUCACCACAUCAAUAUCGGAGGUGCAGGAGGCAGAAGACUCAAUUACAUCGGUGCAUGAUUGUGAUCUGUUGAAUUUUGACGAAGAAAUAUUCAUGAUGCGGAUGAAAGCAGUGAGAUGUCCUACAGAUGAGCUCAGUCUCUCCAACUGUGCAAUUAUUAAUCCUGAUGAUUUUCCUGAUGAUGUCAGGCAUAUUGAAGUAACUACAGCACCAAAUUAUCAUUUUGUGUUUACUGUGAGACCGCAUCAUGAGGUACCACGUUGUACAGUUGGCUUUAGUUUGCCUCAACGAAAAUGGGCAACAUUGUCUCUCAAUCAAGAGAUUGAGGUUCGACCAUAUCAUUUUGACCCUACUUCUAACACUGAAUGUUUGUGCAACAUUGUAUUGGAAGCUGACUUCUUGGCGAAAAAAACGGUCACAUUGGAGCCAUAUAAUACAGAUGAAAUGGCUAAGGAGUUUCUGCUACAGUUUUCAGGCCAGGCAUUCACCGUGGGUCAGCAGCUGGCAUUUCAGUUUAAAGAUAAGAAAUUGCUUGGUUUAGUUGUCAAAACUAUGGAAGCUGCUGAUUUAUCGGCCAUCAGUUCAGGCCAAAGCACAGUGCCCAAAAAGACCAAGAUGGGUCGCUGCUUAGGUGAUACCAUAAUACAAUUUGAGAAAGCAGAAAACUCAAGUCUAAACCUCGUCGGACAAGCUAAAGGAAGAGCUGUUCGCCAGACUAUUAUUAAUCCAGAUUGGGACUUUCAGAAAAUGGGUAUUGGUGGUUUGGAUAAGGAAUUUAGUGCCAUUUUCAGAAGAGCAUUUGCAUCUCGCGUUUUUCCAACGGAGAUUGUCACUCAAUUGGGUUGCAAGCAUGUAAAAGGAAUUUUGCUAUAUGGACCACCUGGUACAGGAAAAACAUUAAUGGCUCGGCAAAUAGGUACAAUGUUAAAUGCAAGAGAGCCAAAGAUUGUAAAUGGCCCACAAAUUUUGGAUAAAUAUGUUGGAGAAAGUGAAGCUAACAUCAGAAGAUUGUUUGCUGAUGCAGAAGAUGAAGAAAAGAGGCUUGGACCAAAUAGUGGACUUCACAUAAUCAUAUUUGAUGAGAUAGAUGCUAUCUGUAAAUCCCGAGGUAGUGUUGCUGGAAAUACAGGAGUUCAUGACACAGUAGUUAAUCAGCUGCUCGCAAAGAUUGAUGGUGUUGAACAGUUAAAUAAUAUUCUCGUUAUUGGUAUGACCAAUAGAAGAGACAUGAUCGACGAAGCUUUGUUACGACCUGGCAGAUUGGAGCUGCAAAUGGAGAUUAGCUUGCCAGAUGAACAUGGACGACACCAGAUCCUUAAUAUUCAUACAGCUCGAAUGAGAGAUUAUAAAAAGAUAGCGCCUGAUGUAGAUUUGAAAGAAUUGGCGACUCAAACUAAGAAUUUUAGCGGUGCAGAAUUAGAGGGUCUAGUCAGAGCUGCACAGAGUACUGCUAUGAAUCGGUUAAUAAAAGCUUCCAGCAAAGUAGAGGUUGAUCCAUCCGCGAUGGAGAAGCUUAUGGUUUCUAGAGGCGACUUUUUCCAUGCACUUGAGCAUGAUGUUAAACCGGCAUUCGGUACAAGCCAGGAAAUAUUGAGUCAAUUAUUAAUACGUGGAAUUAUCAAUUGGGGAAGACCAGUGGCUGAAAUCCGUGCCGAUGGCAGUUUAUGCAUUCAACAAGCUCGAGCGACUGAGGGAUCUGGUCUUGUGUCUGUUCUCUUGGAAGGACCACCUAAUAGCGGAAAAACAGCGCUUGCCGCACAAAUUGCCAAGGAUUCAGACUUUCCAUUCGUUAAAGUUUGUACACCCGAUGACAUGGUCGGUUUUGUUGAAUCCGCAAAAUGUCUUUCUAUACGGAAGGUAUUCGAUGAUGCAUAUCGUUCGCAGCUCAGCUGUAUUUUAGUUGAUAAUAUAGAACGUCUGCUAGAUUACGGCCCAAUUGGACCAAGAUACUCUAAUCUGACAUUGCAAGCACUUUUGGUGCUGUUAAAGAAGCCGCCGCCACCUGGCCGUAAACUAUUAAUUCUAUGCACUUCUAGUCGCAGACAAGUUUUAGAUGAUCUCGAGAUACUCUCGGCAUUUAAUACCGUUCUUCAUGUGCCUAAUUUGUCAACCCCUGAUCAUUUGUUAAAUGUAUUGGAAGAAGUUGAUCUUUUUUCAAAACACGAAAUGGCUUCCUUACAUGCAAAGCUUCAAGGAAAACGGGUAUUCAUCGGUAUUAAGAAAUUGCUCUGCCUGAUAGAUAUGGCACGUCAAGUAGAACCAAAUUACAGAGUUCCGAAAUUCUUAUCAAAAUUAGAAGAAGAAGGCGGCCUAGAAUAAGAAGUGUUAUUUCAUUUUGGAAUGCGAUAACUUUAGAAGCAUAGAAAAAAUGCAGGCGCUUUAUUGAGCGCUGAUUUGUUUUAAGUUUAGCGCACUCGGGCUGAAGCGACAUUAUCCCAAACAAAUGUAUCCUUAAAUUGUAGUAAUUUAUGUAGAAAUAAUUUAGUGAAAGAAAUGUUUAUAUAUACGCAAAGACACAUCUAGAUUCUCUGUGUCACAAUAAGUUCGCAUAAUAGAAGGUAGAAAAUAAAUGAUGCCAGCUUGCAUUGUGAUGUGUAUCUGAAAACGUAUUCAUAUUUUGAAAUACAAAUGCAUAAAUGAUAUUUAAACAGUCAUUAUUACAGUUCUAGAAAUUAUUAUUGCAGUAAUUUACAUAUAGUAUUUUCAGUGUCUAAUAACUGUUUACUGUAAUCUCAAUUUAUAUAACUUUAUUUUUACUAAUUCUAUAAAAUUUACAAAGGGAUAAGUUGCUUUAUUUUAUACCUUUACACGGACUUGACGGGAAUUAAUUUGCAAGCUUGGAAGUAUAAGAAUUUACCAAGUUGAACGAAUAUUUGAUUGAUGCAUAAUAAUGUACAAUUGUAUAGUUACUAUGUGAAAAUAUGUAAAAAGGAUGGAAAUAUUCGAAAUAACAUAUACAGUACCCGAUUUUAAAAUAUAAGGAUGGUCUAUUUUUAAUGUCAGGUGCAUUUCUUCUUUAUGAUUUACAAUUAGUAUAAAUUUUCAAUACAUAAUUAAAUCAGUAAGAAAUCUAAAUCAGAGAAAUUGUACAAGUACUUUUAUACAUAUAUAUAUUAUAUGUGUGUACAUAUGUAUAAAAGCUACCAUAAAGACAGUUGUUUAUUACCAAUAUUCAAGGUUUAGAAAAUGAUUUCUUUAACUUUAUAAUCUUAAUUAUAUCAUUGAGAGAAAGAUUUCUAUAACCAACCAAUUAGCGCAAGAUAUAGAAUUGCGAUAAAAGCAGCUAUAAGUAAAUAGCUAAAUGCAUUCCUAUAGUGCGUAUAUUAUAUAUAUAAUAUAUAUAAAUAUAUUUAUUCCAGCACAGAGAUAUUUUUCAGAAACAGAACAAUAUCUUGAAUGUACACUGAUUGUGAUUCUAGAACAGUGCUUCCCACUCAGAGUAUUGUGACAAAUUUGCAACUUUGUUAGAGCAUUGUUAGAGAAAUAAGAAAAUUACUUAUAUUAUACGAGAGUAUAUUUAUUAAAGCAAUAGUUUAUUAAUGCAAUAA